AGUUGAAUCAGGAUUUCCUUAUCUGGAUUAUUGAGCAUGUAUCGAGAAAUACUGCCAAUUUCGUGAUCUAAAGGCUGCUAGAAAAUGUAUAUAACUAUUGUACAUUCUAAUUUAGUGUAACUGUUAUUUCACGAUGUCCAGCAGCGUUCAAAAGAUUUUUUUUUUUUACUGCUGCACGCCUGGUAAUGAUUUACUGUCCGUGUUGUAAUCUGUACCUUGUUCAGUAUGAAAAACAGACCACUGGGGCUUCGUGUUUGUGUUGGUUUGAGCGCGUCAGGUGGGCGUAACUUGAGGACAUGCCGUGACGUCAGAGGUCUGGUGAGAAGACACGUGAAGACUGGCCAUGGCCCUUAUAUAUGAACGUCUAUGGCGGUCACGUCCGCGGUACAUGCCUAGCUCAGCAGCCUCACAAUGCCUGUUGACAGUUUGCCAAUCCGCGACUCGUCCAUCCAUCUGCGGCUCCUACGACAAUAUUUAAUCCUCCUGAAGAAAUACCCGGUUGUCACCAAAUCUGUAACGAGUGGCAUCCUUUCAGCAUUAGGAAAUCUCCUGUCUCAGAUUUUGGAGGUAAAAAAGAGAGCCAAAAAUGGAAUUCCAGCCGAGGAGAUUGACAUGGCAGGAGCGACCCGUUAUGCUAUUUAUGGGUUGUUCAUUACGGGACCAGUGAGCCAUUACUUUUACCAGCUCAUGGAAGUAUGGAUGCCCAGCACAGACCCAUACUGUAUAGUCAAGCGUCUGCUAUUGGAUCGCGUUGUCUUUGCCCCUGGCUUUCUGCUGCUCUUCUAUUUUGUCAUGAACAUACUUGAGGCAAAAGGGUGGCUGGAUUUUGAAAAGAAGAUGAAAAGUAGCUACUGGACUGCUUUGAAGAUGAACUGGAAAGUCUGGACUCCCUUUCAGUUCAUCAACAUCAACUUUGUGCCUGUUCAGUUUAGAGUGCUGUUUGCCAACAUGGUUGCCUUAUUUUGGUAUGCUUACCUCGCAUCUGUGAGGAAAUGAAACCUCCCAAGAGUUUUUUCCCUGAGAAACAGAAGUGGAAGACAUUGCCUCAUCCUGACGGUCCGGGGGGCACCUGUGGAUGCCGGGGCAUUGACCUGCUACAGUCAGUCAUCAUUGUGUGGAUCUCAAUUCACUUGUAGUACCUCUUCUAAUUCCUGCCUUAUGAAUCACAUGCAUUUAACUUGUACAUGGACUCCAAGUCACUGUAACAUGUAGUUUGACACUUAGUCCUAUUCCCAAACUAUCAAGAAC